CAAAGUUUGUCAGUUGCAUCUGAGCCACCGAACAGUCAACACAGGUCCUCAAUUAUGUCGUCUAUCUCCUCACUCGGGCGUGCGGGCGUGAUGGUGCUUCCCGCCCUGCUGUUGCUGGUCCUGGCCGCCCACGCCCACGCCGGCCCACUGGCUAAGAGGGAUAUUGGAGACCUCCUCGAGGGCAAGGACAAGCGACCUUUCUGUAAUGCUUUCACAGGGUGCGGCAAGAAGCGGUCAGACCCCGGCUUGGAGGGCGUGGCCUCCAGCUCCGAGCUCGAUGCCCUCGCUAAACACGUCCUGGCUGAGGCCAAGUUGUGGGAGCAGCUCCAGAACAAGAUGGAAGUGAUGCGGACUCUGGCGGCCCGCAUGGAGAACCACCCACUGUACAGGAGGAGGAGGUCCGCCCCUCAGGACCCCCGCCACCACCUCACUACAUCUCCCAAACAAAAGGUGGAGUCUGAGAAGCAGUAAGAGGAGAUAAGACGAGUGUGGUGGUCUCCCCCAGGGGUAACGAGCCAAUAUUCCAUCCCUCGGGGGUUUAAGGGGAACCACCACCCCCCCAACUCAUCACCACCUCCCUGUUACGACCCCUACCCCUCUCCACCUGCUCUACAGUCACCACUACACUACCACUCCUCCACAAGACUCAUCUUACUCAUCACGCGGUGUUAUAAAGUAGUGUACAUUUGGUCCACUGGAGUACCUAUCGACGUAAUAUAUAAAACUGAUCAACAAACUUGUUAUGGCCCACCAGUCAACGUAUACUUAUUGAAAAUGUUUUAGAAAUCAACAAAAUAUGUUUACAUAUAUAUAUAUUUUUCCUCAUAUGAAAAUGUUUGCUAUUUCACUGUAUUUUUAGAUGUUCUAAACAUGGCGGUCGUGUGCCGCCGACUACGAUGUUACCUUCGAUCACAUACGGUAGCGGGGUUGUUCCUGCUCUUGGAACACUGUUUGGGAGAGUCCGGGGCUCAGAUCACUGUGUGGGAGGUCCCAAGGAGCUCUGAUCACUGUGUUGACUGUCCUGGGGGCUCAGAUCACUGUGUGGGAGGUCCCGAGGAGCUCUGAUCAUUGUGUUGGAGUUCCUGGGGGCUCUGAUCACUGUGUUGGAGGUCCAGGGGACUCUGAUCAUUGUGUUGACUGUCCUGGGGGCUCUGAUCACUGUAUUGGAGAUCCUGGGGGCUCUGAUCACUGUGUGGGAGGUCUUGGAUCAGUGAGUCACACCUCAGUAAAGUCUUACUACCGACUUUGUGUUUAGGAGAUCUGACCUGGGAUUGUAUGGCCUGGUGUUAAAGCAAAUUACAGCCUUUACGUUCCUCCGAA